AUAGCGCGAGGGGUGGGGAGCCGCGCGUUCCCGGAAACUUUUCCCUCGAGUCUUGACCGCCGCCGCCCGCCCCCGGGAGCGCGGAGCUGGGCGCGCCCAUCUCCGGCCUGCGGUCGGCGCGCUCGGCUGGGACCGCCGCGAAGGAACAGAAUCGGAGAAGGGGACGCGCGGGGAGGCAGCGCCCGGGGCGGCGGGCAGCGGGGGGAGGCUGCGUGCGGGUCCCCGGCCAGGCGGAGGCGCGGGCACCGGGCCAGGCGGAGCCGAGACAGCCAUGGGGGAGGCGCCCAGCCCCGCGCCCGCGCUCUGGGACUGGGACUACCUGGACCACUGCUUCGCCCGCCACCGUGUCUGCAUCUCCUUCGGCCUGUGGAUCUGCGCCUUUUCCUGCUGGAUCGCCGUCCACGCGCUGCUUCUCUAUCUGAGAUGUGGGAAGAAAUCCGGACGGGACCAGUCGGCGCUGUGUGCUGCCUGCUGCCUUCUGACCAGCCUGUGUGACACCAUCGGGGCGAUUCUGGCCAAACAGCUCACCAUCCAGGUCUUCACUGGUGCCUACCUAGCAGCUGUUGACCUGGUGAACUUUGUGUCCAUUCUCUUCCCAGUCUGCAGCUCCAAAGUCAAGUCCAGUUCAGGUCGGGGUUCCCGGGAGAGAAAGAGGAAGCGGCAGCUCAGGGCCAGCAUAUUUGCCCUGGUCCUGCCUCUGAGCCUGGGCCCAGGCUGGGCUCUGUGGGCCGCUGUCCCGAAGGCUUCAGGCCCCAUCCGAGGGCCACAGCGGAGGCUGCUGGGAAGCCUGGUACAGGACGAUACUGAAAUCUUUGGCUACCUGCUGGGCGGCAUCGCAGCCUUGGGCUCCUGGGCUUCCCGGAUCCCCCAGCUCUCCAGAAUCUGCUGGGGUAGGACAUUUCCCUGCAUCUACCUGUGGACCCGGCUCCUGUCGGCCCUGGCUGGCCUCCUCUACGCCUCGGCCAUCGUGGCCCAUGACCGGCGGCCUGAAUACCUGCUACGGGCCACACCCUGGUUCCUGACCUCCCUCGGCCGUGCAGCGCUGGACCUCGCCAUCAUUUUCCUUUCCUGGGUGAUGAAGAGCAAGAUGAGGCACGCCUUGGGAUUUGCCUCUGAAGCCACAGAGAAUGCCGACACCCAAGCCCUUUUGACCUGUGCAGAGAAGGAGGAAGAAAACCAGGAGGCAAGGACCGAGAAUUCGGACUGGGUGCCUCUCACCACGCUACCGUACUGCAAGCCCCUCAAGAGGAUGGCAGCUGUCAGCCGCUACCUGGAGCUGACCAUCGAGCCUGUGCAGCAGGCGAGCUGCAGUGCCACCAGGCUGCCUGGAGAUGGACAGACAAGCACGGGAGCCACGUCCCUGCAGGAGCCCCCCUCGUACCCUCCGGUCCAGGUCAUCCGGGCGCAUGUGUCCUCCAGUAGCUCCUCCCAGGUCUCCUCCAUCAACUCUGACCUCGAGGUGUCCUAGUAUUUGGGGCGUCUCCAGUGCAAGUCUGAGAAAUUUUCUAAACCCACAGCUGGAACAAGGGCUCUUGUACUCUGCAGCUGCAACAAUCUUUCCCAAGGGCAGCCUGACCACGUGUGACAAGAGCUAUCCCAUAGGCCUUUCCUCUGACCAGCAAUUGCACUUAGGAAUAUGUAGGUCCUAAAGCUCUGAUGUGUGUGAUAUCUGUUCAAAUAUAGGCUCUUAGUCUCCACCCCAGGGAUUUCCUAGAUCUUGGCAGGGUCUGGGAAUCUUUAACAAGCUCCUCAGUUGAUUCUUUGAGAACACUGCCCUCAUGAAGUUACUUUUAAAGUGAUCUAUUUGGGGGCUUCCCUGGUGGCACAGUGGUUGAGAGUCCGCCUGCCGAUGCAGGGGACACGGGUUCGUGCCCUCGUCCGGGAAGAUCCCACAUGCCGUGGAGCAGCGGGGCCCAUGAGCCAUGGCCGCUGAGCCUAUGCGUCCAGAGCUUGUGCUCUGCAACGGGAGAGGCCACAGCAGCGAGAGGUCCGCGUACUGCAAAAAAAAAAAAAAGUGAUCUAUUUGUAUGAGAUAUUCUCAUAAAACUAUUUAGAAUAGGGGGGGAAAAACUGAUAAGGCCCCCAAACUCCACUUGUUCAGAAAGAUUAAACAUUAUAGUUUCAUGAAGAAAUGCUAUUUUGGCAUUAAACCUAAAAGAUUACAGACCCGUAGACUGAGGAACAGACUUGAAUUACCUUGAAAUCAUCUAGUUCAGUGCCUGAGCGGCCUGCUCAUUUUCACAACAUGAAUUCCCAGUUCUAACAUGGUAAGAAAAAUCUGCAGAAGACAAUGUCAGGUAAUAAAGUAGAAUCCAAGAGAGUGUGUGCCACUAUCAGCAAUUAUUUUCAAAACACUGUGUACUGACAAUAUCAGAUGAGUCUUAUUAUGAGACUUUCCAUAGUCAGGGGAUUAUGUGGAUUCUUGUACUAAUGGUUUCUGACUGUGGAAGCAGUUGAAUACAUCCUCCAAUUAAAAAAUAGUUCCCCCUAAAUUCCCUUUCCUUUCAAGUUUGCAGCAUAAAACUUUGUUUCCAAAGGAAACCACUUGGCUCAAGAAGCUGUUGUAGUUCCAGUUAAUUGCCAAUCACAUCCCCCAAGACCAAAGAAUGGUAAAGGGAGACCAGAUAGCAUCGACUCCCAAACUAGGGAAAACAGGCAGCAGAGAGCCCCUGAGAAAAUAUUACAACCUAGUUACUAUUUAAAAGCAAGGCAGGACUUCCCUGGUGGUGCAGUGGUUAAGAGUCCGCCUGCCAAUGUGGGGGACACGGGUUCGAUCCCUGGUCCGGGAAGAUCCCACAUGCUGCGGAGCAGCUAGGCCCGUGCAUCACCACUGCUGAGCCUGCACUCUAGAGCUUGCGAGCCACAACUACUGAGCAUGAGUGCCACAACCACUGACGCUGGUGUGCCUAGAACCCGUGCUCUGCAACAAGAGAAGCCACAAAUCAUUGCAACUAGAGGAAGCCCACAUGCAACAAUGAGGACCCAAUGUAGCCAAAAAAAAUAAAUAAAAUUAAAUCAAAAACAAAAUACAGUACUUAUACUAUUUCAUUUAAAAAAUAAUAAAUAAAAAUAAACGCA